AUGCGUUCGAAAGAGGCUCUUCACUAAUGAUGAGUUCGUCGAAGUUCCUAGGGAGAACAUGACCAAAUCACACAAAAACAACCCCAUUUCUUGUAGACUAUUUCUCAAUAGAUUAACGGCUGAUCAGAGCCUCUUCUUUUAGCUGAAACAUCUAGCAGGUCGAAAAUCUAUGACGAGAUCUUAUGGAGAAGGUCUCAUCCCAUUCACGCCGAUUGCUUUGAAUCAAGCGCGAUUUCUCAGACUUCAGCGAAUCACUUUGGGCCGACUGUCGGCUAGGCAAGACCAAAAAAAGGCUGCUGGAGCACCUAUGCUCAUAUGUGGAGAAGGUGUUAUGGGGAUUAUCAUGAGAGAUCCAUUCAAUGGAAGAAUCUUUUCCAGUCACCGGGAGAAAGAUCCUGAAUGCUUACAGUACGUUACAAAGAAUACGCUUCCAAAAUUCCUCACCUCACUAGAUGGGCAGUGUGGUGUGUGGAGUAAAAAGAGCUUGAUGUCAUCGACAACAGAUUUUCAUCUCCGAAUAGUUGUCUCCUUCGAUUACGAGUAUUUGACUGAAGAAGACAAAAUAUAUGAUCUCACCUGCUCCUACUCGUCGCAAAAUAUCUCUGUAAACGCAUACUAUGACACCAUAAAUUUCGCCGCCCAGUCUGUGAGGAACAGUUCUGUGCUUCCCACAUGCCACUACUCACUUCGAUUGAACUCCCCGGACGGAAUGAGGAUUCAUGCCGCGAAGAUUGGCCAACUGGUUUAUCACCGGUGGUCGUGUCCAUCGGAGGAAUUCUCAUUCAAAGUCUACCGAUGCUAUAUACACAAUGGCGAGCAUCAAUCUUAUUUGAUUAUCAAUGACAAAGGGUACCUCGCAACUCAUGUUGCUGUCAUUUUGGUUGUUUAGAAACACAUCAUUGGUUUCCACAAAUAUAUUUUUUGAAGGUGCUCUCUAGAUGA